AUGUCCUACUACGGAGAAAGAGAUACCUACUACGGCGGGCCGCCUCAACCCACCUACGGCCGUCCUCCCUACGACCGUCCCCCCUACGAGCAGCAACAACACCAACAACCAUCCUACGGACGCCCUCCCUACGACCAUCCACCCCAGGGUUCACCCUCGUACGAUCGCCCUCCCUACGACCGGCCCCCCUACGAGCGUCCUCCCCCCGAACGCUCCCCCUCCUCCUUCGAUCCAUCCCGCCCCCGCUACGAGGGAUCGCCCUACAGCACCUCCUCGCCCGCGCCCUCCUCCCGCCCACCUCCAGGGCCCCCACCACCGCUCCCCCUCGGCUGGGUCCAAGAAUGGGAACCCAGUCUCCGCCGCGCAUACUUCGUCGAGACAGCAACAGGCCGCUCGCAGUGGGAGGCCCCCAUGCAAGACUCCGAGCAUGCCAGGGGACUAGGCGGGCCCCCGCCGCCGCAGGACGGAGGCUACUACCCCCCUCCCGGGGGCACGUAUCCGCCUCCGGAAGAGAAGAAGAAGUCCAGCGGGAUGGGGAAGAUCAUUGCGGGAGGAGUGGCGGGUGUGGCGCUCGGUGCGGCCGGCAUGGCGCUGUGGGAGCACGAGAAGCGUGAGGACGAAGAGGAGGAGGAGCUCAAGGAGCGGGUGGAGAGGUUGGAGGAGGAGGAGUACCGUUCUGGCUCGUGA